AUGUCAGCCGCCGACACACCCAAAAAGGAGAAGAAGGACAAGAAGAGAAAGUCCCUUGCGGCCGCAGGAGACGAAGCGGUUGCGCCAAUUGCCGUAGCCCCGCCCGCGGGUUCGGCGAGCGCGGAGGCGGUAGCGAUGGAGGUGGAUGGGGAGGAGACGACAGCAAAGAAGGCCAAGAAGGAGAAGAAGGACAAGUCGAGGAAGAGCGUUGGCGGUGAGGCGGCGGAAGGGGAUGAAAAGCCCGAAUUCUACGUCCCAGCAGACGCCAUCUCCCCUAUCGCCCACCCCCUCGCCCCCCGCAAACUCCAAAAGAAGCUCUUCAGGACAGUGAAAAAGGCCUCCAAGGCCCGCCAGCUCAAGCGGGGCGUCAAGGAGGUCGUCAAGGCACUCAGGAAGGGGGAGAAGGGGCUGUUGUUGCUCGCGAGCAACAUCACACCCGUGGACGUGAUUAGCCAUAUGCCGCUCAUGGCGGAGGAGGCGGCGGGUGUGGAGUAUUGCUGGGUGUUGAGCAAGGAGGAGCUUGGGGCUGCGUCAGGAACGAAGCGAGCGACAUCUUGCGUCUUGAUAUCACCUAACCCCGCCAAGCGCGCGACACCAAAAGACGGAGCUGCGCCUACACGCGCUGCACCAUCAGCAGAGGAUCUAGCGGACCUCAAAGAGGCGCUCGAGGAAUGUAUGAAGGAGGUCUCGAAGCUCGACACCGAGGUCAAGAUCUAG